UGCAUUUCGCUUCAAUCGCGAUCUAGGUGCUCGGCUACAGCAAGGGCCGUGCUCUCACUUGCUGCAGAUUGUCCCCCACGUCGAUAGAUGGCAGCAAACAAGCCCCCCGGCGUCGUGGGCUGAGCCCCAAUGUGGCCAAAUUGAAAUCCGCUGGAAUAAUGGCGUCGAGAAAACGCAGUGCAGUGUGGCCGUAUUUUCAGGACGGCAUGGAUCCCAAUAAGACGACGUGCCUGGUGUGCUCGGAAACGAUCCAGCACUGUGGUAAUACCAGCAACCUGCUGAAGCACCUGCGAUCGAAGCACCAGGCGGAAUUCGCUGACGUCGAGGCGAAGAGAAGGCCGUCCGAGGGGGCAUCGGUGACGGCUUUCCACCAUACAAUGGAGCCCGGGGAUUAUCCAGAAAUACUGGACUCUGUAGCGGUGGAGGACGUAAAGCAUGACAGACUAACGGAAGAAGCGCCGGCCGCUGCAGACGCGGGGGCCGCCGCCGAGACCUGCUAUCUGUCCGGAGCGACGUCCAAAAAGCGGAGCGCGGUGUGGACGUAUUACCAGGACGACGAGGAUGGCAACAAAGCGCUGUGCCUUAUAUGCCUGGAGAACAUCCAGCACCGCCGCAACACUAGCAACUUGCUGAAACAUUUACGGAAAAGACACCCUGCGGAGUACGCCGAUGUGGAGGACCGGACGAAAAGGCGGCAGGCGGAGGAUGGAGUGAUCGCCUCGCCGCCCUGCGCUUUUAAGCACCAGACGACUUUGCAAAACACUUGUAGAAACGCUACGAAAUAUCCAGAUAUCCUGGAGGUUAUAACUGUUGGGCAGUCUGAAGAGGAGCAGAUCAGAAGGGCCUUGGAGCAGGAGGCUAGGGCACUGGAGAGAGAGCGGGAGUUGACGGAGCAGUUGAGGAGGGCCCAGGAGCAGGAGGCCAGGGCUUUGGAACAGCAGAGGGCGCUAACGGACCAGUUAAGGAGGGCGCAGGAGGAGGAGAUGAAGAGAGCACGCGAGCUGGAAGCGGGAGUGCUGCAGCGGGAGAGGCAGGCGAUCGAGCAGCUGAGGAGGGCCCAGGAGCAGGAGGCCAGGGCCAUAGAGAGAGAGAGGGAGGCAUUAGCGCGGAUGAGAGAGGAGCUGGAGCGGGACCGGCGGCUCUUUCAGAGGCAGAGGGAGGCUGCGGGACAGGGCAGGCAGGGGGAGGUGACUCUCAAAACCGAGAAUGCGGACCCUGGGCUGGAGGUGACAACGUGAAGGGGAGGGAGAGCUCAGACUCGACCGCCAGCGACGGUACGACACCGAGUGAGACUGCUUCAGAACCCGGACAGGUGAGCGGAGUGCCCUGCACCUCCCCAAACCGCUAGGCACACCUAGUGACCUGCAGCCAUAAGUAAAACUCUUCAUCUUCCUCAUAGUGGAAGGAGGGAGCGUUCCUGGACUUUCCAUCCUGAAUCCAGCCGGUCUCCCAUGGCUGCCGGACCAGCUAAUGCUGAAUCCAGCCCAACUCGAGAGGAACACAGACAGCUCUGGAAUAAGACGUAGACUAUGUCCCCGGAGCUGUCCAGUCUGGGAGAAUGAGAAUUGUAAUUUGCUGUGUACAACAUUCGUUAUUUGGAAAUAAAUUAAUUUGAACUGAA